GAUGCGAGCGCGCCAGGCGCGGCGGGCGAUGGAGCGCGGGGCCGUGCGGGCCAUGGCGGCCCGGCUGGGCCUGGCCGAGCCCGGCCUGCUCAGAAAAGCUGAGGAGUACCUGCGGCUGUCCCAGGUGAAGUGCACGGGGUUAAUGGCUCAAAUGACGGCGACAAGCAGCGCUGUGAUGUGCCUGGACCUGGCGGCGAGUUUCAUGAAACAACCGGUUGACAAAAGCUAUUGUGUUAAACUCUCUGGUUUGAACAAGACCACCUACCAGAGCUCCAUGAAGUCUUUGGAGUGUUUGCUGGGGGUGAACCAAAGGCUGGGGAUGCGAGACUUGGCUGUGCAGUUCUGCUGCUCAGAGGCAGUGAACAUGGCUUCAGAGAUCCUGCAGAGGUAUGAGUGCAGCCUCUCGGAAGCACAGCGAGUGGACCUGGAUUUCUCCAAGCCCCUGUUUAUAACAGCUGCUCUGUGCACUGCAUGCAGGUGUUUGAAGCUAAAAGUGGACAAAACUAAAAUGGUGGCUACAUCUGGAGUGAAAAAAGCAAUAUUUGACCGGCUGUGCAAUCAGCUGGAGAAGAUAAGCCAGCAACUCAGCAAUGUUCCACUGGCUGCAGAGACACCUGACAGCUUGCAGAGCACCCUGGAGCAGUGUGAGCAGGAAGAUGGCUCUGAAGAGGAUGAGGAACUGCCAUGUAAACGGCCAAAGACUGAAGCAAAUCAGGACUAUGAGGAAUGGAAAAAGAAAAUCCUGGAAAACGCUGCUAAGGCACAAGAGACAAGGAGUACUGACUCUGUAAUGCCACCCAGCAAUGUAACUGCUGCUUGCUCUUGAUUUAAACUCUCCCUCUGCUCUAGCAAGAGAUCCAGUAGCAUGUGAAUGAUGGCUGCCUGGCAGACAGCUGAUUUUAUUGAGGUUUUAAGUAUUUAAGGAUGUUAUUUUUAAGAAAUGACACCAUGGAGUGAUGGGAUUUCACAGAAAGUGUGUGUGACUGCUCACCAGGCUGUGGCAUUAGGGGUAGAAUAGCUUCAUUCUCUUGCUGUAAGAAGCAGGUAACAUUCUAAUGCUACUUCAAGUGUAAAGAAGUUAGAAGUUGCAGGCCUUUGGGCCCCUGGCUGGAAGCAGUCAGUGAAAGAAGAGGAACGGGACUAACAGUGCCUUGUUAAACUGCAAAGCCAGCAGAGAAAUAAAUUAUUUUUUAGGGGUUUUUUUGGUUUUUUAAUAAACAUUGUUUAGUCAAUGAAUUUGACUUAUUUUCUUGUGUAUAGCAAUGAAAUCUCUUGUGCUUUUGUAAGGGGUCCCAAAUAUUCCAAGAAACAACAAAAGUACUGGAAAGAAAAGCUUUGUAUUAUGACAUCUUCUUGGCACAGGUACUUGGAAUGCAAAAUAAGAAACAUGGAGGAGAUGCCUGUGCCUUAAGAAGGAAGAUAUCCAGAGGAAAAGGAUGUUGACUGGGCAACAGAUGUUUUGUGUCUCACUGUCAAGCUUAGAGAAAAGGGCUUUGUUCUAUUUCUCUUGCAUGUUUUCUGCCUGGCCUGUAUCUCUGGACCCACCCAGAAAUACUUUCAGGUUUGUUUGGCAGUGGGGCUUAAACCCAAGUUGAUGAAUAUUCUUGUUCCACUGUCAUGAAAUUUAUUAGUAUUAAUUCAGAAAUAUACAGACCAAUGAAUACAAUGGCAUUCAGCAUGCAGAAACACUGUGGGAGGAAAACAUGAACAAAAGUGGGCCUUCAUAGAAGGUGAUAAAUUAUCCAGAUUCUUCUCUGUCCCAAUUCUGGAAGUGCUGCAGAAGUCAGGACUAUGCAAAGUGAGAAGCACUUGAGUGGAAAAGAGGAAAAGACAGCUAGACCAGAGUAAGGCAGUCUUACAAACCUCAUCAUUAGCAACCAACACUUCUGCAAAUUCAAGGGCUGUGAAAGUCCAUAAAGUUCAAAGGAACUUUACAGGUGCCUUUGCUGGAAAGCUGCUUUUAGUAAUACUAGUUUCCAUUUUUCCUAAGAGUCCAUCCAGUUCACACUGAGUUUUGCAGAAUCCAGAACAGGAAACCACAGGUUUAAUAAAUAAUAUUGAACUUUUAUCUGAGAGAUUGUAAGUGGCUCCCACUCUAUGCAUAAGAAAAGAGUUUAAAAUAAGUUACUAUUGUGAAGAAAAAGUUUAAUGUUCAAGAGCUAAGUGUGGGGGAAAAAGGGCUUCAACCUCCUAACUGGACUAAAGGCAGUCUGGCUGUUUCCCUGUCACUGAACCUAUUAGAAAUGAAACCUUUUUUGCAUGUUACACCAUACCAGCUUCUCAUACUGCAUUAAAAUUUCCACAGAGGAGAAACAAAUCCUCAAACUAAAGCUUAGCAACUGAAGUGCUGCAGUCAUGGACAAUGAAAAGCACUUAUAAGUUUUAAAAAUAUAAAAUCCCUGGAACUCUCCUCUUUUCUCUACAGCAUGAGAUGUUUUUGCAUACAACAGUCAUUAGGUGAUUUGUAUGCAUGGCAGUUUCACACAUCUCCUUCCAGAAGUUCAGCUCAAUUCAACUUGCCCCAAGAAACAGCAGCAAUGGUUACCUCAGAACAGGGUCCCUCCUAGUUCCUAACUAUGCAGUGACUAUUUUUAAAAGGAGAGAAUAGAAUAAU